AUGGAAUCAUCAACACCUCCCCAAGGAGGCUCAUCAUCCUCCCAUAUGGGAUCUCUAUAUCCGCACCCCGUGUUCUUUUCCCAACAAUCAUCAUCACCAUACAACAACAACAACAACAACAAUAAUGGCAUGUACCCAUCCUUGGGCUAUCCUCAUCCCUAUUAUUAUACGAGUGGUCCAAUAUCAGCAGCAGCAGUGCAGGUGGUGGAACAGCAAUCCCGCAGCGUUCCCAUGACAACCAUCCCUCAAGUCGAUGAUCAUCAACCUGCAAAUAACGUCGUUCCAAUGACUGGUACGAUUCCUCUUCUUCAUCAAGUGCAACAACCAUCACAAGAAGAACAAGUUCCAACAACAGCAACCUCAACAACAACAACUGGCACCAGAAACCAACCUACAAGAGGUGGUUGUGGGUGCUUCUUUUGGAAACGUAAUGACUUCAAUCGUUCUCUCCAAACCAAAUCGGUUUCAUGCAUUCCAAGAGCUGUGGCUGUGUUAGGAGUAUUGUUAUUCAUAUUGACAUUUAUCUUCUUAAGCACUGUUGGAAAUAGUAUUGACAAGAAAAGGGCUUACAAGAAGGAUCAAUGUGUCAUUAUCAAAGACCCAGACAAUUUGGUGGUUCAUUUCGAUUACGAUCGUGACAUGUAUUAUAUAAACUUGAAUGUUGACCUUGCCAGAAACGGAAAGUAUUACAUGGGAUCAUGUAACUCAUGCGGUGCUGGUGAUAAACAUCCAAACAAUGUCAAUCAACAACAAUCCUCUUCACCAAAACCAACCAAUGGGGCAACAGCACCUGUUCGAAAGAUGUACACCUUGAGAGAGGUAUGUGCAAGCUCACUCUCACAAAAGACAAGCGACUGUAGAGAUCGUUUGAUCGCUAAGGGAAGCUUAACUUGCAUGGUAAAUAGAAGAUUGGCACAUCGUUCUGGUCGUAUGGGUACCUAUUAUCAUGGAAAUCGUCAUGGCAGUGAGAAUAAGGCUCCUGGCAAUCAUAAAGGUGCCAGACCACAAAUGAUGCAUCACCGUCACCACAACCAUCGUCACCAUGGCAUGAUGACUCGAGAAUUGCGUGCUCCUUCUGGUCACCAUCACGGUCCUCACCGAAUGACACGUGAAAUUCCACUCGCUCAAAUUCUCUCCAAGCAAGAACACGAUCAUCCUAAGGAACAAGAGAAACGUCCCGAUGGUAACCACAAUGAUGACUGUUAUGGCAAUGAGAGAUUUGAAAUGGUUAAGACUGUACAAGAAGUGAAGAGAUCAUUCAAAAAGAGACUCCGAUACAUGGUGGUUAUAUGGCUGAUCAUUUCAUUGAUUGCCAUUGCAGUCUUUAUUUACGUUGGAUACAAACGUUUGGAAGGAAGAACAAGAUGCUCCGUUGACAGAUUCUUCAAGCAAUACCUUAAGAACCCAUUCAAGGAAUCUGGUGAAGUCUACAAGUUGGAUGAGGUCUCUCAAUCCUGUGUCAUUAUUCAAGAUCCAAAAGAACCAAAGGACCACACCCUUCUCUCAUGUUCGACUUUGCAAAUGGAACUUCCACGUCGUAAGGAGAGCUGCUUGGCUAAGAGAAUGAAGAUGUUGUAUGGUGCCCUUAGACAUACUGCCACAUCCCCACAAGAAACGUUACUCUUCUAUGAGAAGGUUUCCAACAAGAAUUUGUGCUCUCAUUUCCAUGGACAGUCUUCUAGCAAUGGAAAGAGAAUUAGAAAGGUAAUCAAGAUUUUGCUUGGUGUCUUGUUCGUUCUUGCCAUUGGUGGCAGCAUAGCACUCUCAGCCAUUCACUUUGCUCACAACUCUGUCAGUAAGGGACUCAUGUUAUUGCAAUUGAGCCUUGUUGCUAUUGGAUACAUAAUAUCAAAGAUUUUGUUCAGAAUGAGAAAGGUUCACUACUACAUUACAGAUAAGCGUGUGAUUAGAGUGGAUGAGUUGCCACUUGGAUUAUGUUUGACUUUGAAAUCGGUCACUUUUGAGAAGAUUAAAAGUGUUUGGGUACCAGAAGGUAACAAGAUUCGUCUCACUCUUGACAAUGAAAGCACUGGUAUUAUCUUUGAGCAUACUGUUGAUCCUACCUUUGUUGUGAACCUUAUUCAACAACGCAUUCCAUCAGAGAACGCUCUCAACAACAAUAAUGGAGAUGUUGAACUUCAGGAACAACCACAACAACCAACUACAUAUAUACCAACGACAACACAAAAUUGA